CUCUCUCUCUCUCUCAAAUGUCCACUGAUCUGUACAGUUGCUCUGGUUAUAUUUAAGAAAGAACCUGCUAUAACCCGACUAUCUGUCAUCUCCACUCAAGACUUGGCAGAGUAGGGGAGAGGGAGAGAGAGAGAGAGAGAGAGGAGGAGGAGGAGGAGGAGGAGGAGGUCAGGGUCAUGGAAGGCAGUGUCUCUACCAGUGUGGUUCGCUACAUCGACCGAGCCUACGACCUCCUCUCUUCCCUGUCGACGGCCGAAGCGCUGAGCCGGGUCGCCGCCGUGUGCGAGGUGGUAAGAGUGGGGGUGCUGGUGCCGCUGCUGAAGGUGGCCGUCGUCCUGUGCUUGACCAUGUCGGUGAUGCUGGUCAUCGAGAAGCUGUUCAUGGCCAUCGUCGCCCUCUACGUGAAGGUUUUCCGGCGCACGCCGGAGAAGAUCUACAAAUGGGCGCCUCUGUCGCAGGAUCUGGAGCUAGGCUCUCUCUCCCACCCCAUGGUCCUUGUCCAGAUCCCCAUGUUCAACGAGCGAGAGGUUUACCAGAUCUCAAUUGGAGCAGUGUGCAAACUGGCAUGGCCGCAUGACAGACUCAUAAUACAAGUCCUUGAUGAUUCAACAGACCUAUCAAUUAGGGAACUGGUGCAAGAGGAAUGCCAGAAGUGGUCCAACAAGGGAAGAAGAAUACACUACAUAUCAAGGGACAACAGAAAUGGAUAUAAAGCUGGAGCUAUGAAAGAAGCAAUGGAUCUUGACUAUGUGAAGAAAUGCGACUAUGUGGCAAUAUUUGAUGCAGAUCAUGAGCCCCCAACCGAUUUCCUUUUGAGAACCAUCCCUUUCCUCGUGCACAAUCCCGACAUUGCUCUUGUUCAAGCACGUUGGAAGUUUGUGAAUGCCAAUGAAUGCAUAAUGACAAGGAUACAAGAGAUGUCACUGAACUACCAUUUCAAAAUGGAGCAACAGUCGGGUUCAUCAACCAUGGCAUUUUUUGGAUUUAAUGGAACUGCCGGUGUUUGGAGAAUCCAAGCUAUUAAUGAAGCUGAAGGCUGGAAAGAGCGAACUACUGUGGAGGACAUGGACUUAGCAGUUAGAGCAUCUCUUCAAGGCUGGAAAUUUGUGUAUCUUGGAGACCUUAAGGUUAAAAGUGAACUACCAAGCAGUUAUAAGGCGUAUCGGUAUCAGCAACAUCGUUGGUCCUGUGGACCUGCAAAUUUGUUCAAGAAAAUGACAAUAGAUAUUAUAAUGGCAAAGAAGGUGUCUUUGCUGAAGAAACUAUUUCUGCUCUACAACUUCUUCUUUGCAAGACGAAUUAUAUCCCACAAUGUGACCUUCUUCUUCUACUGCAUCAUCAUUCCAUUGUCUUCCUUUUUCCCCGAAGUAACAAUCCCAAAAUGGGGGGUGUUCUAUAUCCCAACAGUCAUCACCAUCCUCAAUUCAAUUGGAACUCCAAGGUCUUUACAUCUCAUUAUCAUCUGGAUAUUUUUCGAGAACGUCAUGUCCUUGCAUCGAUGCAAGGCUGUCUUCAUCGGUCUAUUUGAAGCAGGGAGAGUGAAUGAGUGGGUCGUCACAGAGAAAUUAGGGAAAGCAUUAAAGACCAAACAAGUUUCAACAGCUGCCAAGAGAAGUUCAAAUAAGUUCUGGCAAAGGUUUCUUUUCUUGGAGCUGGGAAUGGCAGUAGUCCUCUUGAUAUGUGCAUGCUACAACUUCAUCUACAGAUCAAACCAGUACUUCAUAUUCAUUUUUCCUCUCUCUCUCUCAUUCUUCUUGAUGGGUUUUGGUUUUGUGGGCACUCACAUUCCAGCAGCAAAGUAGCUGAACAUAGCUUCGACAUCACAUUUGUCCUCCUCCAUUUCAUUGUUCCUCUCUUCUUCUCUACACAAAUUCUUUCAUGUCAUCCAACAGCUAUUUUAUGUAUUAUUUCCAUGAAUAAGAGGCCAAUCCAGCAUCAUCAUGGGGGAGAAAUUAAUUGACUCCACGGAGAAGGAUUUCGCUAAUGGCUGAAAGUUAUAGGCUGAUUGCAUGAGCAGUGCAGAGUUAUGUUAGAGCUGAUUGCAUGCAGAUUUAGGCUUAUGUUCUCUUAAGAAUAACACCCUAUAACUCAGCCACUGAAACACCAGUGUAACUGUUCUGUUUAGUGAGUAAUAAUAUAUCAGUUCAUUCUCUUA